AAUCGAUCAGAGAGUGGAAGAUGGCGGUGGACGGAGUUAACGGGGCAGGAUCGAUCGCCGAAAACCUCGAUUGGGUUUGUUUUCCCUAACUGAGUCAAACAGUAUACAACACCGGCCGCUCCGACACUUUGGCAGCGGAGACAGAAAGCGACAGCAAGCAGCUGUAGUCCACGCCUUGGUCCAGAUGCCCAGAGGCCUUCUGGACCAUGGAGUUCCCGUGGCAUAGUGGGAAGGUUCUGGAGCAGCUGAACCGCCAACGCAAACAGGGCCUGCUGUGUGACUGCACCUUUGUUGUGGAUGGGGUGGAUUUUAAGGCCCACAAGGCUGUGCUGGCCGCCUGCAGCAUCUACUUCCGCACCCUGUUCUUGGACCAAAAGGAUGUUGUGCAUCUGGACAUUAGUAAUGCAGCAGGUUUGGGUCAGAUCCUGGAGUUUAUGUACACAGCCAAACUGAGUUUAAACCCUCAGAAUAUAGAGGAUGUCCUGGCUGUUGCAACCUUUCUGCAGAUGCAAGAGAUUAUAAACGCCUGCUCUGCUUACCAGUCAAUGGCAAACCCAGCUCCAUCUGUUGUAACACUGGAUAUCACAGUCGAUGAUAAAGCAGAUAAAGAAGAGCAGAGGCAGGAAGUGGAGUCCACCCUGAUGGAGGUAGCAUCACAAGCAGAGGAGAGUUCACCACAGUCCACCACAGAGGAGAAGAGCUCCCCUACUGAUGCAGAAAACCUGAAGGAAGAAGCCUCUGCUGACAUACAACAGACUGUUCCUCCGUCCAAAACCCCCCCAGGCCGAGGACGACCUCCUAAAAGCAACAGCACAACUGCUCAGAAGAAGACCACAAUGAAGAAGGAGGCAGAAAAGCCUGCACAGGAUUUUCAAGACAGUCCCGCAGACGCAGACUACACACCCAAAUCACCCGUUAAAUCUGCUGGAGGCUCCUCCUACAUGAGCUCCAGAGGAAGAAGAAUCCGAAAACCUCCUCAACGGAACUUCCCACCUGACAAUGACUCAGAGGAUGAAGUCAGUUCAUACACAGCAGGUUCUAAAGUGGUGGAGCUGACUGAAGGACAGGACGAUGACAACGCCGAUGGCUCUGAGGAGACCUGCGGCGUGGAGGCUGAUGAUGAAGAGGGGGUUACGGAGGAAGACGCCGAGGGCGUCCAGCAGGCGGAAGGAAGCGAGUCAAGCAGCGACAGAGACGGGCGACAAAGUCAGUCUGCGUCGAUGAGCAGCCGAUCAGAGUCGAAGCCGUACAGCUCAGUCACGCACAAGUGUGAAGACUGCGGGAAGAAAUUCACCCACACCGGGAAUUUCAAGAGGCAUAUGCGCAUUCACACAGGAGAGAAACCAUUCAGCUGUCGGGACUGCAACAAAGCCUUCUCUGACCCAGCAGCCUGUAAAGCACACGAGAAAACCCACAGUCCUUUGAAGCCAUACUGCUGCUCCACAUGUGGGAAGAGCUACCGUCAGAUCAGUCUGCUCAACCUACACCGUAAGCGUCACACCGGCGAGGCGCGCUACAGCUGCGAGAUGUGCGGCAAACUCUUCACCACAUCUGGCAACUUGAAGCGCCACCAGCUGGUGCACAGCGGCGAGAAACCAUACCACUGCGACUUCUGCGAGAAAGCCUUCUCCGAUCCCACGGCCAAGAUGAGACAUCUAGAAACACACGACACGGAGAAGGGCAACAAAUGUCCACACUGUGACAAACGCUUCAACCAGGUGGGAAAUCUUAAGGCUCACUUAAAGAUCCACAUCACAGACGGACCUCUCAAGUGCAAGGAAUGUGGGAAACAGUUCACCACUUCAGGAAACCUGAAGAGACAUCUGCGGGUUCACAGUGGAGAGAAACCAUAUGUGUGUGUGCACUGUCAGAGAGCAUUCAGUGACCCCGGAGCUCUGCAGCGCCAUGAACGCAUCCACACAGGAGAGAAGCCAUGUGUGUGUGUGGUUUGUGGAAAGGCGUUCACCCAGGCCAGUUCCCUCAUCGCUCACGUCCGCCAACACACCGGUGAAAAGCCCUAUGUGUGUGACCGAUGUGGAAAAAGAUUCGUCCAGUCCAGUCAACUGGCCAAUCACAUCCGACAUCAUGACAACGUCCGCCCGCACAAGUGUCACAUGUGCAACAAAGCGUUUGUGAACGUUGGAGACCUGUCCAAGCACAUCAUCAUUCACACAGGGGAGAAACCGUUCCUUUGUGACAAAUGUGGCCGAGGGUUCAACCGCGUGGACAAUCUGCGCUCCCACGUCAAGACUGUCCACCACGGCAAGGCAGGGAUGAAGCGGCUGGUGGUCGCUGGUGGUAACACUGAUGAGGGGACCGACGGUUGUACCAGGGCAUCUACCUCAGACAGUGAGAUCAACAUAGUCACUGUCACCACUGAGGACAUCGUUACCCUGGCAACAGAGGCCCUGGCAGCCUCCGCUGUAGCUCAGCUGACAGUGGUUCCAGUGGGUACGUCAGUGUCUGCAGAUGAAACUGAGGCUUUGAAAGCUGAAAUCACCAAAGCAGUGGAGAAAGUUCAAGAAGCAGACCCCAACACCCAGAUCUUAUACGCUUGUGAUUCGUGUGGGGAUAAGUUCUUGGACGCCAGCUCGUUAGCCCAGCACGUCCGCAUCCACACGGCCCAGGCCCUGGUCAUGUUCCAGGCAGAUUCAGACUUCUACCAGUACACCACAGCCACUGCCGCAGAGGGGGACGCAGCCACAACCUGGCAACCCACGGCUGAACAGGUCAUCCAGGAAGGAGAGCUGAUCUUCCGCACCGACGACGGAGAGGAGGGGGGGGCGGGAGGAGGGGUGGAGACCCAAACAGUAGUCCAGAUGGAGGAGAAGGAUGGAGCCGAGGCCGGGGAGGAGGAAGGACAACACAUGGAGUGUGAGAGUCAGGCAUAGGGAACAAAUAUGUACGGAAGAACAUUUAUGGAGUCAGGCAUAGGGAACAAAUAUGUACGGAAGAACAUUUAUGGAGUCAGGCAUAGGGAACAAAUAUGUAUGGAAGAACAUUUAUGGAGUCAGGCAUAGGGAACAAAUAUGUACGGAAGAACAUUUCUGCCACUGUGAUCGAAAGGAUCUAAACAGAAGGAGUUCAUAUGGUCAGAGCAGAAGUCAAACAGUACAAGGACUAAAGUCUGUGGACCUGUUUUCUAACAGGGCUCUGGGAUCCGAAACAAUAAUGACUAAUGUCAGAAUAUAGUUUUGUAUUAUGGGAUAGAUAUUCUAUUGAUUAUUAAUAUUAAUGUUUCUGUGUCCGAUCCUCAUGAACAGGACAUCUGACAGCUGGAGACAUGAUGUGUCCACAUAUUUAUGUCCAUAGAGUUCAGAAACAUCAACUAGUGCGUUGACCAGUGUGGAUCUACAGGUUGUAGAUGUGAUAGUUUUAUGCUGUUGUGUAUUCGUACAUGCUGUACCACAUUUGUCCAGCAGUCACCACCAAAGCUUCAUGGGCAUAGCAACAAGAUUGUACGGAUAUUGUAUUAAAAAUUACUAAUAUCUCCCAAAAUUAUUGAUCCUAUCAACUUGCUGUUUUCACUAGUCUGUUCAUUGACCAAAAAUACAUAAGAAUGACAAACUGCAACAGUCAGAUCUGUAUGGAGUUAGUGUGAAUCCACACACACAUACACACACACACACACACACACACGCAGAGGCCACUUGGCUUUUAUAAUAUAGAUGUUUCCUUAAAGUUUAAUGGUAGAUUUUUCUUCCUCGGUCAGAUGUGAAGAAAAU